UCAGUUGUCCGUGUGGGCGGCCCGGUCGACCUGCACACAACACAGCCACACGCGCACAAGAGAAAGGGCCCUCGUCAAGUGGCACAGCGGCGUUCGCAUCUGUGGGCAUCUAUCUACCUCGUCGGUCUGCAUGUUGGAGCCAGGGGAUAGUGCGGCGGUUGCUGGCGUGCCCUCUCGCACCUGCGCAGACCCCGCUCCCUGCCUGCCGCAGACGAGUGACUGUCUCAGGGCGCCGCAGGUUGUCACCCCGAUCUGGCGAUUUCUCGGCACAAAUGAAGCUGCUCGACGCCCGAGAUGAAGCUGCGCUGCCGCCCGCAGCAAAGAUGCCAAACGAUAUUGCCCAGAUUCGGCAAGCUCGCACAU